AUCGCAAGAAAUAGGCUUGGUCAUCAGAUCUCUGCAAAAUCCCUCCACUGCUGGCAUUUCCACGGCUAUAUAAACCAGUCUCCUCCCAUCACCAAUUCUAAGCAAGCAAGCAAGCACAACAAGUAGUCAAAGCAUCUAGCUCGUUACAAGUGGCUCUUGUCGCCUACAAUUUUGCCUUCUUCCAAGUCUUGUUUGAAGUUGCUCUCUGCGAAGAGCCGGUAGAGAAGUUAAUAUCGUCUAGCAAUGGACCGGGUGACGAAACUGGCUUCUCAGCGCGCGGUGGUCAUCUUCAGCACGAGCUCCUGCUGUAUGUGCCACACGGUGACGCGCCUGUUCCGCGAGCUCGGGGUGAACCCGACGGUGGUGGAGCUGGACGAGGACCCCAGGGGGAAGGAGAUGGAGAAGGCACUGGCGAGGCUGCUCGGGCGCAACCCCGCUGUGCCGGCAGUGUUCAUCGGCGGCAGGCUCGUCGGCUCCACCGACAAGGUCAUGUCGCUUCACCUGAGCGGCAACCUCGUUCCGCUUCUGCGCAAUGCCGGCGCGCUCUGGGUGUAGCCGUGUUGCAUAUAUAUGUAGCUAGCCGUGUUCCAUUCCAUAUGCAUGCUAUCUAUCAGGAGAGGAGACACACGGAGGGAAGUACGUAGUAAUAAUUAAUUAAGCAGGCCUUUUUAUCUGCACCGUAAUAAUUUUCCAUAGAGGACGGAGUGUUAGAUCACGGCCUCUUUUUCGUGAUCCGCAUCAAGUUAAAUAUUUCAUCAGAGUAUGUAUCAGAAAGAUAUAUAUGAGGUGAAUAUAGCAUCACGUUGGAGUA